AUGGGAGAUAGCAGUGAUUCUGAAGAGUUUUACGACGCUGAGGAGUUCACACCCAUCAAAGGUUCUAAAAGAUCAUCACUAUGCAAGAACAUCAACGUGACAGCAAGCAGUGGAGUAACAGAGAAGGAGAAGUCUCAGAAAGUGGAGUCGGUUGCCCCAGGCACUGGGGCUUCAAGCACUCCAGCUAAUGAUGUUCCACCUGUCGAAGAUGAUAGGACAACAGUUAAAAGUGUGGUGCAAGGUCGGCGAAGGUUCCAGGAACUUCGCCGCUGCAUGCAAACUGAGGAGGAUGACGAAGGGGUGACAGAUGCUGCUGGUUCUGCUGACCAGCAGACAUUCACGCUCGAACAUCCUUUCAAGUAA